AUGGCAGGACCAGUGCCAGGACAUCGGGCUCGUCCGUGCCUCCUUUUCUUAGCAUGCGUGCUGGCCUUGUGCCUGUCGUGCAUGCCUCGUGGACAAGGAUUUGUUGGGCACAUUGGGCCCACGAGCAGACCAAACAGCUGUGGUUUGGCUUCUACAGCUGUUGAGGCACAAGGCAAGGCCCGUGCGGGAGGCAGUCAACGGCCCAUCGGGUCACAGAUUCAAAAAGGAAAUCAGAAGCUCCUCAAGGAGAUCACCAACAACACGCCUGGCCUUGCCCGAUCCAGCAAGCCACAAGGCGAAGGUGGUGGCGGAAUCCGGCUGCUGUGGGCCCCCGAGCCCAGCGAGCGAGUUGACUUCGCAUUGUGGUUCGGGCCACUACCUUGCUUCCAGGUUGGUACCUUCCGCUACUGCUUUUGCCUGUCACAAACCAUCGUUCUCACCGGGUUCUUUCUGGCACUGGCAGUGGCAAUCUUGGGACCCGAAAUUCUUAUGUCGCCGCGACGUUAUGGCUAA